AUGGCGGAAGUUUUCGUUGGUAAAUGGAGACCCGACCGUAGCUCCUACACAGGCGCGGAAGAAUACUUUGCUGCGUUAGGACAACCAGACAUGUUGAAAGAGUUUGAGGCAGCAUCAGAAACUGAGGUGACCUUGAACGGAAACGUCCUGACAUUCGUGACACAGAUCGAGGGCAAGGGCCCCAGAACUGACGUGGCCCGUAUUGGGGAGACGGAUGAGGUGACUCUACCCAACAGUCCACCCAUGCAGGCGAAGACGAGGCUGGAGGGCGACCGGCUGGUCUCUGACCUCUACAUCGCUGACAAUCACAUCAUGACGUUUGUUCGUUAUGUCAAGGGCAACGAACUCUUCCAAGAAUUAACAGCCAAAGGAAAGACCUUCACCUUCAAAGCAGUGCGUGCCUAA